AUGGCAUAUUUUCAUGCCCUCCCGAACCACGCGAGCCUGCAUAACAGCAAUAGCAAGCACUCCAACUACACCUCAAGCUCCAGCUCCAGCUACGACUCGAACUCCAACCACAGCACCAACAGCACCAACUCCAACUAUAACUCCAACUACGGCACCAACUCCAACUCCAUCAACUACCACUAUCACCACAACUACAGCCACAACCACAACCACAUUCGCAACUCCAACUCCCAACCUGUCGCAUUCAACUACCUCUACUCCUUUGGCCAUCCCGCCUUUACAGAAGCCGCUUUCGUUUCAUGCCCGUCCGAUGCAGCUUUGAAGUCGGUGCGGAGGUUGUCAUACGAGGGCCAUUUGGAUCAGGAUUACUGGGUGGACGCCGGGAACUGCUCCUCUGCGCUGGCCAUGGACAAUGAUGCAGGCGCGCCUGCACUCCAACGCUCGACUUCACAUCAGUCAAAUGCCUCUGCCAAAAGCUCGCGAUCCCAGACGAUGCGCGCUACUCGAAAGUAUACAUCUUACAUGUCCAGCUCUGCGUCAUCGAUUUCGGACAAGUCCUUGACUUCAUUCCCCUCGUUCUCUCCAGAGUCUCCCAGAAAUGAGCGCCCCCUACUGUCCCAGGCCGUGAGGGACUCCUCGAGCACAUCUCGGCAUCCUUCGAUCGUCGAGAGCUUGACCGCUUCGUUCCCUUCGAAACAAGAGCGGACAGCGCUAUUUGGCGAUGCUCCACCCACUACGAGGCGUGUCCCAGGCGCGAUUCAUAAUGCUAGCGAUGAACACAUUGAACGGUUGAUUGCGCGAACUGGAGCGGUUGCGCUGGUUAGACAAAUAGCAGAGGAUUUGGCACAGCGUGAUGCGGAAGUCGCUCCGCUCAGGCGCAAGGCGGAAAAUAGGGAGCGUGCCUUGAGGAAGAUCAUACUAGAGUGCGGGUUAUCGAGCCUGGAUCUAGAAACUCGCCUACGGACUAUCGAAGCAGAGCAAAGAGUGAUCGGUGAUAACGUCAUGGAGGCGGAUUUGGCUCCGCAAGAAGGCGGCCUUGAAGAUUUAAUGAGUGAUGCGAUGAGUCAAACUGUGGUGCUUGGAGAGCGUGCAUAUCCAGACAAUGACAACACUAUCCGUGCGAGGGACGCACUCCAAGCUUUAGAAGAUCGCCCGAUAACUGUCGCAAGAGGUUGGAAAGAUUAUAUAUGGGGGGGGACGAGCCGGAAGAGCAGCCGAUCCAGCGUUGUUACUCCAGAUAUCGUGAAUGGUCUGGAACCAACAAAGACACGAAACAGUUCUGCCACCGGGCGGCGCACUGUUUUGGAGAACGGCCUUUUUGAGGCACCGGGGUCUAUUCGGAGUCCAAGUCGUGCUUCUAGCAUCCAAUCGACCCAUGUGAAUAACUCACAUCGUGACCGAAAGCCAUCAUCUAGCUUCGCGGCCUUGGCCUUGAAGCUUGUUGCAGGUAGUAGCACUACAGCGCGUGAUACUGAAAGCGCCAACGGCCGUGGUAGAUCUAAUAGCACUGGAGCAGCGACCGCCUCUAGAGACCAGUCGUCGGCCAGUACCAGGACAACCAUGUCUGCUAGACCGGCGCCUGUGAAGCAGCCGCCCAAGGCAAUACCAAAACCGCGGCGACCAGCAGCGAUAUCUGUUCAGAGUGGGGCUAUCCGAGGUGCUCAAGAAAGGUGGGAUACGAUGGGACAGAGCCCUCAAAACACCAGAACUAGGAGUGCAGACAAUUUUGGACCUGUCGAAAUGGAUCAGAUCCUUCCUCCAGACGCGCAGCCGCCAACUCUCACCCACAUAUAUAACGCAUAUAGCCAGGAAUAUCUAACUGACCGAUUUGGGUUUAUUUAUGAUCAACGGCGAAAGAAGAGGCAAAAGGAGGCGGCUGAAAAAGUGAUAAAAAGUAAAAGAGGGAGUCGUGUAGAAAUGUUGAACACUUCUAGAGGAGGGCGGUCUCCGGGUAUUACAGAUGACGAAGGUGAAAUGGAUGAGGAAAGACCAGAUACUCCUACCUCCUUUGACGAAAGGGGCGAAGAUGGAAAGCGAACUAAGCGUUGGCAAGAUUAUCUAAAAAUCGCUACCUUCCCUACCGAGUUGCUAUCACAUACACCAUCAGGGGCUGAACCUGCAUUCGAGGUCAUGGAAGGUGGUGAGGUACCCAGGUCACCAAGGAUCAUUCCUGAAGAACGAGGCUUCCUGCCCUCUAGCAAUACUACCGCAGCUUCGCCUAGUGUGCCUGUAACAUCUGGCAAUGCUACCAUUUCGAAGCCAGAUACGUCUUCUCCCUCAAUACCUCUCACAACAGAGGAUAUGGAGCCAGUCAAGCUCCUUCUACAGCAGCUAGGAGAAGUUCAUGACUCCCUACAACGAGAGAAGACUGUCAGGUGGAAUGAGUUCUUACGAAAAGUCAGAGCGGAGAGAAAACGCGAUGGUGAAGCAGCCGCAGCAGCGCUGGCAGCGACAGGAGACAAAAACACACGGCCAAUAGCUAUUAUGCCUGAAGCGGUGCUGGCAGAUGGAGAGAUGAUCGGUGUCGCUGGCUUAGGCAAUAAAGGCAAGGUCGGGCGCGCCAAGUGGAAUGAGUUCAAGGCUCUAGUUCUCGGUGGCAUUCCCGUGGCAUAUCGGGCUAAGAUUUGGUUUGAGUGCUCAGGAGCUGCAGCCCUUCGGAUUCCUGGCUAUUACGAUGGCCUCGUCGCUCACAGAGGAGACGAGGAUGACCCAGCAAUUAUUGCACAAAUCCAGAUGGAUAUAAAUCGCACCCUGACAGAUAACAUAUUUUUCAGAAAGGGACCAGGCGUUGCUAAGCUGGAGGAGGUCCUACUGGCGUACUCACGGCGAAAUGCCGAGGUUGGUUAUUGUCAAGGAAUGAAUCUGAUUACGGCCUGUUUACUGCUCAUUAUGCCUACAGCUGAAGAUGCCUUUUGGGUUCUCACGAGCAUCAUCGAGACCAUCCUUCCCCAGGGGUAUUAUGAUCACAGCCUUCUCGCAUCCCGAGCAGAUCAGCAAGUCCUCCGGCAAUAUGUCGCCGAGAUCCUCCCAAAACUCUCGACGCACCUCGAUGACCUAAGCAUCGAACUUGAGGCGCUUACAUUCCAAUGGUUUCUCAGUGUCUUCACUGACUGCCUCUCUGCCGAAGCCCUCUUCCGCGUCUGGGACGUCGUCCUUUGCACCAACGACGGCAGUACUUUCCUCUUCCAGGUGGCACUCGCGCUGCUCAAGCUUAAUGAGCAGCAAUUACUGCAAUGCUCCACACCGGCAAACAUAUACACCUACAUCAACCACCAGAUGACAAACCACGCUAUCAGUAUUGAUGGUCUAAUCCAUGCAUCUGAGGGCUUGCGGAAGGUGGUCAAGAGAGAUGAAGUUGAGAUCCGCAGAGCCAAGGCUAUUGAGUCAGAGAAGGAUCUCGUCCGACAGCGAGAAGCGAGGAAUGUUCUGAGGAAAGCAGAGAGGCUUGCAGCAGCGAAUAGCUCUAUAACGGCCGAUAUUCAACCCGAGGUAGACGGGAUGAAGACCCCUCCACUAGAAAAUGGAACGCAGUUAGGACCGCGUGGCGACGAGUUUGGCGAGUUGAGUGCUAGAACGCCUACUCCAGCGGAGGAGGAGGCAGUGUUAGGUAUGGGAUAA